UUUAUCAUUGUAAAUUUGUUAUUAUUUUUUUUUAAUAAAAAUUUUAUAUUAAACAGGGGCAUUUAUUGUAUGAUGUACAUUCCUGAUAUGGACUUUGCUUGUCGGCCAUGUUGGUAAGCUUGGAGCACUUGGAGCAACUUUGGAGUACACCGCGCAACAAAACAGUCUCGACACGACGACCAGUCGCCAGGGUCGUUUGUCGUGUUGGCCAAUUGUUUUUUAAUAUCUCCCAUUUGCAAAAAAAAAAAAUUAAAAUAACAGUGUGUGUGUCAUCCCCUGGCAAAUAUUAUUUUUUAAUCUAAAUAAAUUUAGUGUCAAAAUAAAUAUACAAUAUAAAUAAAAAUAAACAAACAUAUCAACACACUUAAAAUAAGCGAAAUAUGCAUUAAGGCUUGUCAUCAAUAAAUCGACAGUUGUGUCAGUCGUAUAUAUAAAAAAUUUAAAAAAAUAAAAACUUCUAUCUCUUACCAUCUGUAUAUAUAUUUUUAUAUGUAUGUUUAUAUUUAAUUGUGAUUGUGUAUAUUGAAGGCUGAAUCAUAAAAAAAACCAUUGAAAAAUAUUUAAAAAACGUCAUAAAAGUGACAUAGUUAAGUGGGGAGUAUCCCUAUUUAUCCCAGUGGGAUAAAUAAGUGACAACAUCCGUAUUUUUUAUUAAAUUAUAAUCAUUUUUGACAAUGUCAAAUUUAUUUUUUUUUUAACCUCUUAAUUAAAUCUAAAUAACAACAACAAUCAGUGACACUGCUAAAAUAACUUUUUUUUUUGUUUUUCUUUAAAAAAAAUCUUGUCUCUUCUUCUCUCUCUUCUGUCAAAAAAAUAAAUAAAUAAAUACACUUUUUAUAAUAAUUUAAACAGUGAGUUUUUUUUUUUAAAUAAAAAUACUAAAUAUUAUUUAAAUAAAAAUUAAGUUGUGUUGUGAAUUUAUGAGUAAUUGCAAUUUGAUAAAAAAAAAAAAAAAACGUUCGGUAAAUGAAAAAUAUAAUCAAAAAGAAUAAAAACAAUUUCAACAUGAUGAUUAUAAUAAAGAUGAUUAAAAAAAUGAUAAAUCAUAGAUGACUAUUGAAUGAGUUGGUUGCUCAUUUAACAUUAAUAUGAGCCAAAUUGUAGCAGUUAAUGUGUCUACUGGUGGACAAAAUCACCAGGAAUGUGUUACAAAUAUUAAACGACAAAUAUCAUCAACAAACUGCAAUGUUCCACUUGUUCAUGGUCGAGCAAAUGCACCGCUCAAUCCAAGAAAUAGACUGACAACUCAUCAAAGAAAUCAUAGUUUGGAUUUUAGGUCAAUGGGUAUUUUGUUACCACCAGUACCACAAGCAACAGUAACAACACUAACACUACAUCAUCGUAAUCGUAGUCUUGAUUCUGCAUUACAAAGAAUACCAGAAGUUGAUGUAACACCAAGUCCAGAAUGUGAAACAGUACCAGACAUACAAAAACCAUCACCACCAUCAUCAAUAAAAUUACAAUCACGUGAACGUGAUGAUUUAGCAAGUCUUGGAUCAGAUGAUUCUGGUAUAUUAUGUGGUUCAGAUAGUGGAUCAAGUGAUGUACAAAAUAUAACAACACCAGAAUCAUCAAGUAUUGAUCAUUUACACAGUCGUGAAAGUCUUGAUUCAACUCUAUCACAACAAUCUGGUGAUAUGGAUAAUGUUGAUGUUGUUGAUAGUCAUGAUAAUGCAAUUACAUUAACAUCAAUUAAUAAAACAAAUGAUAAAGAUAAUUUAUUAAUGAAACAAAUUGAAUGUAAUAUGUUGACAAUGAUGACUAGUAGUAAAAAUAAUAAUGAUAAAUUAAAUUCACAUGAUAAUAAUCAUUAUGAUAAUGUUAUUAUUGAAGAAGAAAAAAAUAUAAAUAUAAAUAAAAAUUCUGAUAAUAGAACCAAAGAUAAUAUGAGUGUUAAUAGUGUUUAUAAAAAUACUAUGGAAAUUGUUGGACAACGUGAAUUAGCUGGUGCUGCAAUGACACUUUGUUGUGGUGUUACAAAACAACAUGAUGAUGAUAAUAUUAAUAAUAAUAGUAAUAAUAAUAAUAAUAGAGAUAAUAUAACAAAACUUAAACCAAGUGAAGGAUGUUUAUUAAGGCUAUUUGAGAGUCAAGUAUUUGAUAUGUCAAUGGCUAUUUCAUAUUUAUUUAAUUCAAAAGAACCAGGUGUACAGAGUUAUCUUGGCAAUAAGCUAUUUAGUUUUCCAGAUAGUGAUGUUGAUUUUUAUUUACCUCAACUUGUUUUAAUGUAUAUACAACUUCAUGACGUCACGGAGGUUCUUUAUCCGUAUCUUGUUUACAGAUGCAGAAAUGCUGCAGAUUUUUCAUUAAAAUGUGCAUGGUUACUUGAUGCAUACAGCUCUGAUGCUCAUUUACCAUCGAAAAAAAAAUCCCACGGGACCAAGCUCAAGAAUCUUAUUCUUUCUGAUGAACUUAGAAGAAAUAGACUGAGAGGAAUUGAUAUGGCGAAAAAAAAUAAAAUUGGAUAUAAUGCACCAUUACCACCACCCUUACCACCCACUCAAUUAAUCACAUCACCUAAUAAAAAAACUCAUCAAAGAUCACAGUCUGAUGCAACUGGUCUUUUUCAAUCAUUACGUCGUUCAAAUUCUGGUGUAAUAAUAAAUAAAAUAAGUCUUGGAGACUUGAGUUCUGGUAGAGCAUUUGACAAUGGAUGUACUUGUUUUGAUUCUUGCCAAGGUGUUGUCAAUGAUUUACGAGGACAAAAAACUGACUGUUUUUGUGAUGCACCAAGACUUGCUCCAGAACUUGAAUUUAUACAGGCAUUGAUAUCAAUUGGCAAAUUACUUGGUACAAUACCAACAAAAGAAAGUAAAACUGUUCAACUUGUUGCUGAAUUAAAUACACUUAAUUUAAAUUUACCAGCAAGAGUAUGGCUUCCAUUGCACACAACAACACCACAUCAUAUUGUACGUGUACCACCACAAUAUGCAGCUGUUCUCAAUAGUAAAGAUAAGGCACCUUAUAUUAUGUACGUUGAAGUACUUGAAGUUGAAGAUUUAUAUACAUCACCAGUACCAACAAAAAUAAUGGGUAGUUCAUUGAGACAUACAAAAUCAGAAGAAAAUUUAACACUUGAACAACAAGAUAAAGAUGCUAGCUGUGAUGUUUUAAAUACAACAAAAGAAAAUAAUAUAAAUAAAUUAUCAAUAAUAAAACAAGUACAAGUUAAAAAUACAUUAAUACGUAAUUAUGAUAAUGGAAAUAUUGAUUUAAAUGAUUGUUGGAGUCAAGAAGAUGAUGAAAUAACACAACAAUAUUUAAAUUUAAAAAAAAAACCAAAUGACAGAGAUACAUUAUCAGAAUUAAGUCAAGAAUCAAAUGAUAGCCGUGAGCCAAUAUUUUUACCUGGUGAUAUUAAAAGAAGACUAAGUGAAAUGGCAUCAACACCAAGUACAACAUUUAAUCAUGAUCCAGAAGAUCCAUCAGCAGCUGUACUAAAAGAACCAUGGGAAUUAAAACAAAAAAGAAUACGUUUAUCAAGUCCAUAUGGACAUUUAUCAACAUGGAAAUUAUUAGCUGUUAUUGUUAAAUGUGGUGAUGAUUUACGUCAAGAAUUAUUAGCAUCACAAUUAUUAACAAUAUUACAUAAAAUAUGGCGUGAUGAAAAUGUACCAUUAUGGGUUAGACCAUAUAAUAUAUUAUGUUUAUCUGAUGAUAGUGGUCUUAUUGAGCCAAUAUUAAAUACAGUAUCAUUACAUCAAAUUAAAAAACAUUGUCAGUUAACAUUAUUACAAUAUUUUAUUCGUGAAUUUGGUGAUAUUAAUACUGAUGAAUUUAAAAAUGCACAAAAAAAUUUUAUACAAAGUUGUGCUGCAUAUUGUUUAGUAUGUUAUUUAAUACAAGUUAAAGAUCGUCAUAAUGGUAAUAUAUUAUUACACAGUGAUGGACAUUUAAUACAUAUUGAUUUUGGUUUUAUAUUAUCAACAUCACCAAGAAAUCUUGGCUUUGAAACAAGUCCAUUUAAAUUAACACCUGAAUUUGUUGAAGUUAUGGGUGGUAAUGGAUCAGUUAUGUUUCAAGAAUUUAAAAAUUUAAUAUUACAAGGACUUGUUGCUGCUAGAAAACACAUGGAUAAAGUUGUUAAUCUUGUAGAAAUUAUGUUAUCAGGUGCACAAUUGCCAUGUUUUCGAAGUGGUGGUGCAGCAACUGUUCAAGGUUUAAAAAAUCGUUUUCAUCUGACAUUAACUGAGGAUCAACUACGUCAACAUGUUGAUGAUCUUGUUGAGGGUAGUAUACACUCAUGGUCAACAAAAUUAUAUGAUCGUUAUCAGUACUUUGCAAAUGGUACAUUAUAAAUAAAUAAUAAAAAAUAUCUUUGUGUAUCGUUAAACAAAAACAAAUAUUUAAAAUAUCAUUAUUUUGAUCUUGAAAUUUUAUUAUUUCUUGGUUAACACAUUUACUGUAAAUUCAAUCAUCUCUCAUUUUGUAUAUUCCAAUUCUUCCAGAAGAAAAAUUUGAAAAACAAAUAACAAUCAUUCUUUUGGUAUUAAAUCUACAUAAAAAACAAAAACAAAUAUUUGACAUAAACAUUUAUUAAAAUAAAAAAGCACAAAUAAUAUAUAACGUUUUUUUUUUUUUCGAUAACAAUUAACGACAAGAGUUGUGUGUACUAAAAAAAAUUAAUUAGAAAAAAUUUAAAUAAUUCAAUCUCUUUGUAAAAUUAUAUUCAUUUUGCUUAAUAACCGUGUAUUAUAAUACGCUUAUGAAAAAAUUUAAUUUAUAAAAAUACAUAUUGAAAUUGUUCAAAGGCAAUAUAUUUAAAAAUUUAUAAACAAAAAAAAUUUAUUAUCUUUUUUCGUUUUUUUAAAAAAACAACUACAUUGUGUACAUAUAUUUUUAUCUUGAUGAUUUAUUUAAUAUCUUUAAUUAUACAUAGAUUAUAAUAUUUAAAAAAUAAAAAUCUUUAAAGUCCGAUUGUUAAACCAAGCGCGAGGAACAAAUUUAUUAUUUGCAAGUUGACUGAUAUAAUCAGCAGUUUUAAAAUAUAUUUAUUUUUUUUGUUUCUCAUGACUGGUAAAUAUUUGAAUAAUAUAUUCGACUGGUAGUAUUGUCGAAGGUGCCUUAUUUGUAGGAAAAAACAAAAAUAAUAAUAACAAUGAUUUAAAUAGAAAGAAAAAUUUAAAAUGAAUAUAAAAAAAUAAUGUUAAUGUUGAAUGUAGUAAAAAAAUAAUAAAUUUUUUUUUGUUGUUAUAAAUGACGUGCAUGUUACAACGUAAAAGCAAAAAGUGUGUUGUAUAUAUAAUUAAAUAUUUAAAAAUAAAAUUUUCUAUUAAUUUUUUUUUUCUUUUCUUCGAUGGAAAAAAAAAAUGAUAAUUUUUAAAUAUUGUAUAAUUGAUUGGGUGUGUGGAGAGAACCCAAGUAAUUAUACGUCAAAUAAUUAGAAAGAAAAAAAAAGAAAAUACUCAAAGAAUAAACGAAAAGCAAAAAAAAAAAAAAUAAAAGUUUAAAAAUUAUAUUAUAAAUAUUUCCUACUUUAUAUAAUUAUAUUAGAAUUAAUAAUUACAAUCUAUAAGUAAUUAACCAUAGUUCCAGUGAAAUAUAAAAAAAAUUACAAUUGAAAGUUUUUACAUGAUCUUAUGACAUAGUUUAAUCGUUAUAAAAAUUAACAAAUAAAAAUUAAUAUCUUAGCUAAAACAACAACAAAAACAAAAUAAAAAAAAAAAACACAAU